GGAGCCUGCUCACCCACAUCUGGAAGCCACAUGUCAGCAGCAGCUAUAUAAAACCAGCAGCCCAGCAGACAUAGGGUGACAUUUUUUGCCAGAAACCCAGACAGCAUGGACCUUGCUCUUCUGUGGGUGCUUCUGCCACUGGUCACCGUGGCCUGGGGACAGUAUGACGACUACGGGUACCCAUAUCAGCAGUACCAUGACUAUAGCGAUGAUGGGUGGGUGAAUCUGAACCGGCAGGGCUUCAGCUACCAGUGUCCCCAUGGGCAGGUGGUGGUGGCCGUGAAGAGCAUCUUCAGCAAGAAGGAAGGUUCUGACAGACAGUGGAACUACGCCUGCAUGCCCACGCCUCAGAGCCUCGGGGAGCCUACAGAAUGCUGGUGGGAGGAGAUCAACAGGGCUGGAAUGGAAUGGUACCAGACGUGCUCCAACAAUGGACUGGUGGCAGGGUUCCAGAGCCGCUACUUUGAGUCAGUGCUGGAUCGGGAGUGGCAAUUUUACUGCUGUCGCUACAGCAAGAGAUGCCCAUAUUCCUGCUGGCUGACAACAGAAUAUCCAGGCCACUAUGGUGAGGAAAUGGACAUGAUUUCCUACAAUUAUGAUCACUAUAUGCGAGGAGCAACAACCACUUUCUCUCCAGUGGAAAGGGAUCGCCAGUGGAAGUUCAUAAUGUGCCGGAUGACUGACUACAACUGUGAAUUUGCAAAUGUUUAGAUUUGCAACCUACCAAUCUGGGUGAAGGGAAGGGGGCCAGGAGACAUGAGGAUGUCCACUUAUGUUAACAUCAGUUGGGACUCCUAAGUGGUUUCUACUGCUCUCUUUUCUUCUCCCUGAGCUGGUUGGUAGUUGAUAUGCCAGCUUUCUGGGCCCUUCUGACUAGUAUCACACUUAUAAUAAAAUCCACAGUUUCUCACUUUCAACAUGUUCCAUAGCAACCAUUUUAUAUGAGUGACAAUGGCUCUGUUGCACACCAUCUAUUCUGUGUGCAUGCUCACAGCCUGAAAAAAAGCCUGGCUGCUGGAGCACCUGUCACAGCCUUGCUGCUGCUUUUACUACCCAAUAAGCUGCCUGUUGCUGAGCAGUGUCUGUGAACAGGUUCAGCAGUGGAGUGAAGGGGCAGAAACUGAGGAAGGGGAAGGAAGGUCUGCAGCUAUGACUGUUUGAAGGAAACCUAGGGUCCUCACCUAGAAGAGACCUUCUGCCUUCAGGGGACAUGCUUCCACUCUCCCCCACCACAUGAGCCGUGCUUGCCUAGAAGUUCAGCUGCAGAGUUCUGUGCUCCAGGAGGGAGGAGACUGUGAGGUGAAAUGGGGAGGUGGAAAAGUUUGGGGGCUGAAAGAUUGAGGAUUAGAAGAAUUUCCGAAAUUGGAAGAAGACUGCUAGCAUACCCAGUAAUGAAAAUCAGCAUAGGUACCAGAGGAACCUGUGGGAAUCAGUCUCAAGUAAGACAGAAACAAGAAAGAAGAGAGAGGUCAGAGAAUGGGACUCAAAUUAGGAACCUGGAGGGAAGGGGAGUGUGGUCAGGUUGCUUUGGAAAACUGAAAAAGGGGUUUGACUCACUGGCACCUGGAAAGGCUGGCAUAUGCCCUGUAGCUGUGAGAGCUACUGGAAAACUCACUUGGAUUGGUCUCAAUAUUCUGGAUGGGAAAGGCUGUCCUGGGGGGUCUACUUCUCUUCUAUGUGUCGUUUAGGAGUGUCUUUUGCAGAGGUGGCAUUAUCUUUCCUCCUCCUGUGAUGUCUCCGUCCCCAGCCCUUUGCACUCUCUUCGUCAUAAAAGGAAUAAAAAUAUUAACAUUUACUAUGCUGCAAA